AUGUUUACCUCAGCUCUCACUUGUGGUCCUGACUCCUGGCUCCGCAUCCGGCCUUAUCUGGAUUUGGGUGGCAUUGGCGCGCGGCUGGCCGACCUGACAAAUGUGAUUGGACUUGAGUCCGAGGUGAACAUCACUUCCAUGUCGCAAAACUCCGAAAGUUGCGGGAGUCUUGCCCCGCCUGUGGAAAUCUCGCGCCCGGUGACCCCAGUUCAACGUGCAAACCUUUCUGCAUCUCCCGACAUGAGUGUACCAGCUGAGAGCCGGUCUCCGCACACGGACAAUCUGAAGUUUAUUUCCCCACCAUCCUUGCCUUCAUCAGACAUGACGCCACCUCCCUCAACUCAGAUCCCUGGAGCCCCGCUUCGACGAUCGCGAUCGCGAUCUCGAUCCAGCUCGUACCUGGCACCGUCGCCAGACAUCCAGGAGACACUGUGUGCGGCCUACGGAGCGUCCGAGAAUCUCCCAACAAACGACGAAAUUGAGACCGCCGACGAAGGGAAGCUCCGCACUAUUGCCAAGGAGCUUCUUGCAGUAGCACGGGAGGCUCGCGUAUCCGCACUUCACUUCAAGCUGCAAUAUGGGCUCUUAUCGUUUAGGAGCAACGUGGCUAUCAAGCGCGCCGAGGUCGAGCAUAAGCUUGCUAGGAGAGAGGCGGAAAUCCUGCAAAGUGCGGAAUACCGUAGCCGCCAUUCACUUCCAGACACAGAACCAACGCCAUCGCCUUCCAAUGUCGAGCUGGAACUUGCCGUUAAGCGUAAUCAAGAACUUGAGAGAACCAACGCUACCCUUGAUAGACGACUGCGACGAGCCAAGAAGCUCAUUGAGCAAGAACAAGACCGAGCAGAUCGGCUAACUGAAGAGAACAAGCUACUCAAGCAGCGAAUCCGAGAGAACCGGGAACAUUUCUCACGAAUGAUUGAGCACGGUCCUAUGUCGCCAGCGGCUCCGCCGCAAGGAGUUUUGGAUAGCAGUGACAAUAACCAUCCAUUUGCUGCCCUUCUUGCCGCGGACCGUGUCCUGAACAGAGAAUCCAGUAACUUUACGCCAAACCGACAUAAGUCCCAUAGGCAACAUUCGAAUGGACACGUGCGAGGUAGUCAUUCUCUGUCUUCACUCCCCAUUACACCAUCAGAAGGAGGACGCAAAGGUCGUCAUUAUGUUACUCCUGGGGAAGAGUCUAGCGAAGAGAAUCGUGAUAGGGAUAGCACAAUCUCCGCUUCCGAUGUCGAGGAGGCCGAAACGGAGGUGGAUAUACCUUCAUCUCAUGCUUCAUCUCUUGCCACUAGCAUGCUCCGUCGCAAUCACCCGGCUAUGCAGCAAGAUAUGCGUGAUGCAGUCAAAUCAGCACCAAAAUCUAGCACACUCCUGCAGACGAAGUUGUUCGGUCAAGUGAGGAAACCCGGCGUUGAGCGGCCCACGAACAACCUCAAACGCGAAGCGAGUUUUGAUGGUGCGAGCUCAAAGAAACCGAGAGCGGAGGACCAUGUGGGUCUCGGUAUUCACUAG